CGAAAGUACUGUUGUAUGCUGAUUGCCGAAUUGGGGUCUCUGGCGACUCGGGCUUCGUUUCUCUAGCGCAUUUUAACAAACACUCGUUGUGCAAAAUCUCUCUCGCAUGCUCUGUCGCCAAUGAGGAAUGUCUUUGCGAGUCUCAACCGUCGCCGCCAUAUCGCAGUGCUCUCCAGAACUUUACGCCGUGAUGCUUCCAUUGAGGCCAUCUUUCAGAAAUGCAUGUCAUUGGGAUGUCAAACAGAUCUUGAAAUUGUUAGAAGACAAGACAAUUCGGCUUCAUUAUACUUGUUGCACCGAAAUUCAUUUUCUACAGGCUUCACCAGCGUGCAUGGUGAAAGCCCAUCUGCAGAGUAUGCAAAGCUGAGGAAGGAAUCACUAGAAAGUGAAUUUGGGCAUGCUCUUGGAACCUAUGGGAAAAGUGUUUCCUUUCUCCCCCGUUUUGGACCAUUUUUGGCUUUGUAUAGAGCAGCAAUUAUUUCAUUGCACGUGUUUCAGCUAAGCAUUUGGCAGUUUUUUGUUCAAGACAUAAAAAAACGCGCCAUAAAGUUCCGUGAAACUCUAAUCCAUUUGGGGCCAUUCUACAUCAAGCUUGGGCAGGCUCUGAGCACAAGGCCAGAUAUAUUGCCACCUGUAUAUUGCGAAGAGCUUGCUAAGUUACAGGAUCAAAUACCCCCAUUUCCAACUCAUCGUGCAAUUAAAUCUAUUGAAACCCAGUUGGGUGUUCCUAUUUCACAAAUUUUUGCUGAUAUCAGCCCAGAACCUAUUGCAGCGGCAUCGUUAGGGCAGGUUUAUAAAGCUCACCUGCAUUCUGGAGAGCUGGUAGCUGUUAAGGUACAGAGGCCAGGUAUGAGGCUUUCACUUACCCUUGAUGCGUUGUUAUUCCAUAUGAUUGGAGGUCAAUUGAAGCGCUUUGCUAAGGCACGCAAAGACCUAUUGGUAGCAGUAAAUGAAAUGGUCAGGCACAUGUUUGAUGAGAUUGAUUAUGUCCUAGAGGGUAAAAAUGCUGAGCGUUUUGCUUCUCUCUAUGGUUGCGAUCCAUGUGAUAAUCAAAAUAGCAGUCAACAAGCUACUGCUAGGAAAACUGUGAAAUAUAAAGAAGCAAACUGUGUUAAAGUUCCAAAAAUAUAUUGGGACCUUACACGGACUGCUGUGCUUACCAUGGAAUGGGUUGAUGGAAUUAAGCUCACAGAUGAAAUUAGCCUGAAGAAGGCCUGUUUAAACAGACGGGAACUGAUUGACCAGGGAUUGUACUGCUCUUUGAGGCAAUUGCUUGAGGUGGGAUUUUUCCAUGCUGAUCCACAUCCAGGAAACCUUGUUGCUACUGACAAUGGCUCUCUUGCAUAUUUUGAUUUUGGAAUGAUGGGGGAUAUUCCUCGCCACUACCGAGUAGGACUUAUUCAAAUGCUUGUGCACUUUGUUAAUCGUGACUCUCUGGGUUUGGCAAAUGACUUUCGUUCUUUGGGAUUUAUUCCUGAAGGGGUUGAUAGACAGUUAGUUUCAGAUGCACUGCGAGCAUCCUUUGGUGAUGGAACCGGACAAUCUCAAGAUUUCCAGGGAGUAAUGAACCAGCUAUAUGAUGUUAUGUAUGAAUUUAAUUUCUCUCUACCCCCAGACUAUGCCCUGGUGAUAAGAGCUCUAGGAUCACUAGAAGGCACAGCAAAGGUUCUGGAUCCUGAUUUCAAAGUCAUAGAGAGUGCAUAUCCUUUUGUUAUUGGGAGACUUCUGGAAGACCCAAAUCCUGAUAUGAGAAAAAUUUUGAGGGAAUUACUCAUCCGUAAUAAUGGAUCCAUUAGAUGGAAUCGGCUAGAGCGGCUGAUUGCAGCAAUAUCUAAACAGUCUUCCAAGUCGAGUGGAGAACCCCCUAAUUCUGAGCAAAAUUCUUCAAAUCCUCUGGGAUGGAAAUCAUUUGACAUGCGUGCUGUCGUUAAUGCCACUGAAGACCUUCUGCAAUUCAUUUUAUCUGAAAAGGGUGUGAGGGUGCGUGUUUUCCUUCUUCGGGAUAUAAUUCGAGCAGCUGAUGUUUUUAUGCGGGACAAUGUUGUCGGUUGCAGUCCUAGUGAGAAGCUUGAAGCAAGAAAGACAUCAGAAUCCGAGGAAAAUUCUAUGCUCACAAGGAUUUUUAAUGGUUUUCGAUAUUUCCGUGAAGCAGUAAAGUUAGCCCCAGAGGUGUGGACAGCAAUGCUUAUACGCAUGGCGGCGAAGCCAGAGGUCCAUAAAUUUACUUUUGAUAGCAUUUCAGCCUUGGUCAUGCAUUUUAGCCACAAACUUCCAGAAACUUCAUGGGUUUGUAUUUCUAGAUUUCUGCACAAGUUGGUGAAAAACUGGAGCCCUGAUGAUCUAAGAAAUCAGUAAUCCCUUUUUAUCAAAUUUCAUUGUGAGCCAUUUUUAUUUGUUUCCUUACAAUUUUAAUAUCCUUGGUACU